AUGGGUGAAUGCUGCCUCAAAGGCUUUCGCUGGGUUGCCCAGCCAAAGGGCCACGAGGCCAAGCUCGGAAACAACAGCUGUUACGUGACUGGAUCAAAUUCCAAGGUCGCAAUUAUGAUCAUUCAUGAUCUCUACGGAUGGAAGUUCCCCAAUAUUCGCGUUUUGGCUGACCACUACGCGGAGGAAGUGAACGCAGUUGUAUACGUACCGGAUUUUUUCGCCGGCGAGGAGCUCCCAUUAGCUAUCCUACAAGACCAAAGCCAAUGGCAUAAGCUUGAUCUCCCCGCAUUUAUCGGCCGACAUUCCAAGAAGGCCCGGGAGCCUGAAAUCAUCGAGUGUGCCAAAGCCCUUCGCUCCCAGUACCAGCGCACCGGAGCCGUCGGAUUUUGUUACGGAGGCUGGGGAGUGUUCCGUCUCGGAGCCAAGGGUAAUGCUCUGGCAGACUGCAUUUCGACGGCGCAUCCAAGUUUCCUGGAAAAGACCGAGAUUGAAAACGUCGGCGUGCCCGUGCAGAUCAUGGCCCCGGAGUUUGACCCCAUGUUUACGCCAGAAUUAAAGGCUCAUAGCAAUCAGAUUAUUCCAACGCUCGGGGUUGCUUAUGAUUACCAAUAUUUCCCGGGGCUGGAGCAUGCGUUUGCUGUGCGAGGGGAUCCGAAGAAUGCGGGUGAGCGGAAGGGGAUGGAAAGAGCAAAAACUGCCGCAGUUUCCUGGCUUAAACAGUGGUUAUAUGAUGUCUGA